AUGGCCACCAAGACACCCAUAACAAGCAUUUUACGAGUGGCUUCAAGAUGCAGAGCUCCAUUGCUAACGCCACAGUCAUUUCUGAAGUGCAGUAACCCCCAAACACCGCCCCGCUGCUGCUUCCAUUCUGCACCGACCCCUCCACCGUGCCUUCCCGAAUUCGCAUUUGCAUUCGACAUCGAUGGCGUUCUCGUCCGAAGCUCCGACCCUCUCCCUCGUGCCCACAAAGCCCUCUCCUACCUCCAGUCUCAGCGCAUACCCUUUAUUCUCCUCACUAAUGGCGGAGGCAAACACGAGUCGGACCGUGUAGAUGACCUUGCCAAGAAGCUCGAGGUCCCGUUAGAUACAAGCAUGUUUGUGCAGAGCCACACGCCCUUUGCUGACCUGGACGAGUACAAGAACAGGACAAUCAUGGUAGUUGGUGGGGUCGAAGACAUGUGUCGGCGGGUGGCAGAGCGAUAUGGGUUCAAGACAGUCGUGACACCAGGUGACAUUCUAACAGCGUAUCCCGCCGUGUGGCCCUUCUCCCAGCAGCUCCUCCCCUACUACGAGACCUUCUCACGACCUCUGCCUGCCCCCAUCGAUCCCACUUCGCCGUCUACCUCCCUCAAGAUCGAUGCCGUCUUUGUGUACAAUGACCCCCGGGACUGGGGACUGGACACCCAGGUCAUCAAAGAUGUACUUUUGUCACACCAAGGCAUUCUGGGAACGCUCUCUGAGAAGAACGGAAACACUGCUCUGCCAAACAAGGGCUACCAACAAGAUGGGCAGCCUCCACUCUACUUCUCCAACCCAGACCUCCUAUGGGCCGCAAAGUACCAUCUCCCACGGCUAGGACAAGGCGGCUUUCGGGAAGCUCUUGAGGGUGUAUGGGCAGCGUUGACAGGUGGAGAAAAGAACGGCGUUGAGUUGAAGAAGAUCGUAAUCGGCAAACCGCAUCGGCCGACAUACGAGUUCGCAGAGAAGCGACUAGUAGCUCACCGAAAGCGCCUUCUUGAACAGAAUGACGACAAGUUAAGAAGCUUGAAGAGGGUCUACAUGGUAGGGGACAAUCCAGAGAGUGACAUUCUAGGCGGCAACAGCUACAACAGCCCGCAUGGCACAGACUGGGUCAGCGUGCUCGUCAGGACUGGCGUUCAUGUGGCUGGAACAGUGCCAAAGCACACGCCGCGGAUGGAAGUCGGAGAUGUCUGGGACGCCGUGAGCUGGGCAGUAGGACAGGAGAAGUGGGCACUAUGA